UUCAAAUCGCUUGUCCAACGGCAAAUUGACUCCAUAGAUUUCUCUCUCUUUCUCCGACAUCGUACAUGGCAGCGGCUAGCGGCGCCCGUGGGCACGACGGUGGCGGCGGCGGCGGCGGCGGAGAAGAUGAAGUGAAGCAGAUGACAGCUGAUCUGAGAAAAACCCUAAAAGAAGGAGAAAGAAUUAUAGCGCCGACAAGACGACCUGAUGGGACUAUGCGAAAGCCUCGUAAAGUCAAAGCAGGUUACAAUCCUCAAGACGAAGUCGCUCGUUACCAAUCCAAAGGCGCUCUGUUGAAAAAGGAAAUGGAAGCAUCGAUUGAGGUAGGACCUCCAGGUUAUGAUCCAAGCGAUGAUUCAAAACCCAAAACCAAAUCAUCAAGGAGAAAUGAUAAAAAGAAGGAAAAAAGAUUGCAGGCUGCGAUUAAUAAGGACAAGAAGACUGAAGAGGGUAAUGGGGAAACUGAGUCUGUUGAAGAAAUAACACUUCAAGUUAGUGAACUGGCUGUGACAACAAAUUGUUCUACGAAAUGCUCUGGCACUUCAGAACCGGUUCAAGAUAUUGAUAAAACGAUUCGAGCUCUAAAGAAGAAGAUAAGGCUAACAGAAGCCCAGCAGCAGAAAACAAUGGCAGAGGAUAUGAAUCCGGAGCAGUUGGAAAAAGUUGCUAAGUUGGAACAGUGGCGGAAAGAGCUCAAACUCUUGGAAGAAAAGAAGAUUGGCGGCGGGGUCAUGAACUGAAUUUUGAUCUACGAACCGAGCCAUUGAAGGAAGGAUCAGGACUGGUUGCAUGGUGGGGGGAUGAUGAACUCUGAAGUUUGUUCUUCCUACUCUCCAAAUGUAAACUUAAGUAGGUUGUUGCAUUAUGAUCCUAUUGAAAACUGAAGGUCUCACAAAUUAACCUUUUGUGUCUGUCUGUCUGUCUUGUCUUUUUGAGUUUCCUCAUCCAUUUUUUCUCUUCAUUUGGUGUUGCAUUUUUAGGAAUUUCUUGCAACUAACUUAAAGCCAUAAUUUAAAUACAUUGUUCCUCUCA